GGCCGUGCGUCCCGGGACGCGCGGUGGGCCCCGGCGCCUCAGCGCUGCCGCUGACCGGAGCGCUGGGCCGCGGGAACGGGCGGGCCGGGGGGCGAGCCCUGCCCGCCCCCGGAGCGUCCCCUCAGCGCUUCCUGGGCCUGGAGCCGAGCCUGCCGCGGGACGAGCUCCCGCCACCGGCCCGGCCCUGGGUCCGCUUUCCAGGAUGUGUGAGAAACGGCCUGGGUCGGGAUGAGUGAUGGAAAGUGGGAGUUGUGGAAAUCUCGGGAGAAGCUGUGAAAACAGUCAAGAGUUCUGGGAAUCGCGGUUGGUUUGGCCGAGCCUGGUCCGCCCCUGGCUCUGGCACAGCUGCCUGCGGUGCUGCAGCAGCCUCAGCCCCAGGUUCCCCUGCAAAACCCACUGGAGGCUCCCGCUGGGAAUGCCGGGUCUAUGACGGGUUUAUGCCAGUUUUGUGCCAAGUUAAUGCCAGUUUUGUGUCAGCUUUAUGCCAGGUUUGUGUCAGGCAGUAAGAGGCACAUUUACCCUGUGUUACUAAGAUGUGGUGCUCUCAGGUGAGGUGGUCUCAGUGCUGCUGUGUUGGCACAGGUGUGGUUUGCAGGUUGCUGUGUUUGGGCUUUGAUUAACACAGUUAAGAGCUGCUGUCUUCAGAUUUCCAAACUGGCAUCUCACAGAACAACAACGUUAAAGAGCUUCAAGUUGUGAUGUGUUUACUUGAGGGUGGAAGGUCUACUUGGCCUUGGGGGAUCUAGGCAGGUGACUGACACCCCUUAUCUGCAGGGACCUCAGCCAUUCCUUCCCUGAUAUUUUCAGUGAGAGGACACUUCUGAGCUGGCAAGAGCUGAGGUGUUUCCCUGCUGAGCUGGGGGGAGUGAGGUGCUGCAUGUCCAAGGGAAGAAGCAUAAACCCCUCAUUCCUUCCCACCACUUCCAGCUGCAGCUGGAUACAGCUGCACACACUCAGAUGUGCUCUCUCCUCUCAGACAGUUUGGCACCUGACAAGUCUGUGUUUUCUUGCUUGGAGUGGGCUUGUUAUGCCCCAUUUCUUUAAUUCCUUUCCCCAGACUCGUGGUGAUUGUUAUACAGAGCGUUUCCACCUGCACCCAUGUGGAGUUGGGCAUUUUGGUGCUGACUCUGGUGUGCAGCUCUGGGGUUCUGUGGGCUUCCCUGGGACUCUUGGGUGUACACUGACAUACUGGAGUUGCUGCCAGAUCUCAGUUAAUGCCAUUAGAGGAUUUAUAUAUGAUGUUUUCACGUGUUUGGUCCUUCUCUUCAGUUUUAUUUACAGGCCUGACACUUCCCACAACUGCUUCUCUACAGGUUGAAUUACUCUGUAAUAACCUUGUUUGUGAAUGCUCUCCCUCCAUUUCUCUGUUAAGUUAAUAUGCUUUAAGGCUUAAUAAUUCUGAGACAAACUGUCCGUGGGAGGAAUGAUUCAGGACCAGCCACAGCUCUUUAUGUUUUGUCAUGGUACUUUAAUCUGAACAAACCCCCACUUCCAGGGCAGCACUUGGUGAAAGUCAGUUAAGCUUCCUGUGAAGUUGGUUCUUUAUUCCUAUUGCUUGUACCCUACCACAGGCAUGUCUGUGAUGACCUCAGGGUGCUUCCCUGAGAAGUUCUUUUGGUGAUGUUUGAUUUUAAAACUGAAUCUUAACUGAAGCCUGGUUUUCUUUCCAGGUUGGAUGCAGAGUCUAAGCUUCUUCCGGACGUCCCUUUAAAACAUUUCUUGUUUCUCCACCUGAUUCUCCUGAUGGAAAACCAGCCAGGGUUCCUUUUCUGCUGUUCAUGCUGAGGAGUUGGUUGGAGAGGUGGUGCCUGAGAGGAGAUUCACCCGGUGAUGGUUCAAAUGUGGGAAUUGUCCUGGAUGUGGUUGCUGCUGAUGCUCCCCUGGGAACAUGCCUUGACAGGGAAUUAACACCAGUCAGUGAUGGGCUGUGGGACAAGCAAAGUGCUUCCCGAGCCCCCCAAAGAUGUGCAGCUGGACCUGGUUAAAAAAGUUGAACCCUACACAGGCCACAGUGACAUAUACAAGCACUUCAUCAGGGAUGACUGUGGGGCUGUCAUCAAGGCUGGCUCCCCCUCGCCUCCUCACCACGCCAACCCGUAUCCCGGGAAUGCCCUGCCCGCCCACCAGCCCGAGCCCCGCAAGAACAAAGUGGCCAAAUACCGCGCCAAGUUCGACCCCAGAGUGACGGCCAAGUACGACAUCAAGGCCCUGAUCGGGAGGGGCAGCUUCAGCCGCGUGGUGCGGGUGGAGCACAAGGCCACCAAGCAGCCCUACGCCAUCAAGAUGAUCGAGACCAAGUACCGGGAGGGCAGGGAGGUGUGCGAGUCGGAGCUCAGCGUCCUGCGCAGGGUCCGGCACACCAACAUCAUCCAGCUCAUCGAGGUGUUCGAGACCCAGGACCGCGUGUACAUGGUCAUGGAGCUGGCGACGGGCGGGGAGCUCUUCGACAGGAUCAUCGCCAAGGGCUCCUUCACCGAGAGGGACGCCACGCGCGUGCUGCAGAUGGUGCUGGAUGGCGUCAGGUACCUGCACACGCUGGGCAUCACCCACCGGGACCUCAAGCCGGAGAACCUGCUGUACUACCACCCGGGCACGGACUCCAAAAUCAUGAUCACGGACUUCGGGCUGGCGAGCGCUCGGAAGAAGGGGGACGACUGCCUGAUGAAAACCACGUGCGGGACCCCGGAGUACAUCGCCCCCGAGAUCCUGGUCAGGAAGCCCUACACGAACUCCGUGGACAUGUGGGCGCUGGGUGUGAUCUCGUACAUCCUGCUCAGCGGGACGAUGCCCUUCGAGGACGACAACCGCACCCGCCUGUACCGGCAGAUCCUGAAGGGAAAGUACAGCUACUCAGGCGAGCCCUGGCCCAGCGUGUCCAACCUGGCCAAGGAUUUCAUCGACCGCCUGCUCACGGUGGACCCCAGUGACAGGAUGACGGCCCUCCAGGCCCUGAAGCACCCGUGGGUGGUCAGCAUGGCAGCCUCUUCCUCCAUGAAGAACCUCCACCGUUCCAUCUCCCAGAACCUGCUCAAGAGGGCGUCUUCCCGCUGCCAGAGCACCAAGUCUGCGCAGUCCACCCGCUCCAGCCGCUCCACCAAAUCCAACAAGUCGCGGCGGGUGCGGGAGCGGGAGCUGCGGGAGCUCAACCUGCGCUACCAGCAGCAGUACACGGGCUGAGCCCCGGCUGGCACCCGCCGGGCGCCUUUCCAGAUGUCUGCUCUGCCGUGGAGGUGUGCGCACACGCCCCGUGAGGAACGUCCGGGUUCCUCCCUCCCUUCCUCCGAGGUGUUCCCCCCCACCCACGAGGAAGCAGAGGAAAGGGAGCCCUGCGAGCUGUGCCGCGCCAGAAACGGGGCGGGGGGAGCCCCUGCGGGCUCAGAGCGCAGCUCAGAGCACCGAGCAAUACAAAAAUUAAGGAGCCACGUGGGGAGAAGAGCUCUUUCCGUGUCCCGGGAGCUUGGUUUGUUCGUAGUUAUUUAUUAAUUCCAGAACGUUGAGUUUCUCCCGCUUGCGUGCGGGGGGGGAAAAAAACCCCAACCAAAUCACUUGUCCUGUACAUGCGCGUCCGUGUGUGCACAUACACGUGUGGGUGUGUAUAUGUAUCGGAAAAUUAUAUAUACACACAGAUUUGGAGCUGGUUUAGUCAGACUCCAUGGUGCCUUUGCAGCAAAGCCGGUGUGAGUCAUAUGCAGUUGGAAGUAGGAUAGCUCUGACUCACGGGCUGCCCACCAGCUCCUCGCCAAAGAGAUGCCAGACAGCAGUUUUCCAUGAUGGAAAGCUGGGAAGCUGCGAGGUUUCCCCCAAGGGCUGCCAUCCACCUGAUGACAUCAAGGGUUUGCUCGUCAAGGGUUUUGCUCGCCCCGGUGACGUCAAGGGUUUACCCCUGGAAUCAUCCUUCUGUUUGCAGCGAGACCAGUGCCUGCCAUGCAGGGUUUGGGCCUGGGCUGUGCCUCUGCCGUGUCUGUGACCUGUUACACACUUCAAAAGAAGAAAUUGAGAAA